UAAUUUAGAUUUCUCUGUCAUUCCUUUGGAUGAUUACAAAGCUGUCCUGGGAAUGAACUUCUUAGAACAAGUAAGAGCAUUCCCAAUGCCAUUUGCCAAUAGCCUAUGCAUCACAGAAGGGAGUCUAGCUUGCUCAAUACCAAUAAUAAAGUUAAGCAAGCAAGGAUCCAAAAUGCUAUCGACAAUCCAGUUCAGGGAUGACAUUUCACAGGACAAGGGGGACAACUUGGCUAUCCUUCAUAACAAUGAAGGAGAAAAGUCCCAAAGAGUUGGGAUGCCAAGGAACGUGGUGGAGGCAAGAGAUAAGCCGCCAUCCAGGAAGAUGUGUUGCACCAAGGAGAAGCCAAAGAUUGCCAAGUGUGGGGGCAAAUCGAAGAGGCAGUUUCGAAGGUGCAGGGGAAGCCGCAAUGAGGGCAUUGCGGGUUUAAGUGGGGGAGAGUGUCACGCUCCGCCAUAUUCGAGAAGUCGUCAAGACGAACACGAGAUGGAAGAUUCUAGAGACGGUCAGGAUAUAAAGAGUCAUCAAAGGGGCUCUAGAAGAUUCCGCCACAUUCUUCUUAAGAGUGUUUGGGGCUCAUAAGUCCAGUGUUGUGAGGGGUAAGGCUGAUUUAGUGCUAAGAAAUAGCGCUAAAGCCGCACGGGUGACUUGAGGAAAGUUA